UGUGCACAAACCCAUUCUGUCUGUAUUGAUGUUUCAUGUAAUUGUGUGGAGUAAAGAAUGACAUAGCCUACAGUCGGAACUAAAUUACCUACCUAACUCACAUUCGACUGAAAAUGUAUCAACUACAGUUAUUGCGCGUGUUUUUAAAUGAGCGUUUAACCGCGGCUGCUGUGGAGAUUUUCGGGGCAGUUGAGAAAACGGUAGUGGAGUACCAGGAGGAGAAUGAUCGGCUACGGAGACUGCUGUGGAUCACGCCAGAGAUAAAACAACGUAGAAUAGACUCCCUGCAGCUCUCUCUCACAGUAUCUGAAGAGGAGGUUCCCUCUGAGCAGCAGCACUGUGAGCCGGAGUGGAGCCCCAGUCUGGGGCAGGAGGACCUCGAGCCCACACUGAUUAAAGAGGAACAGGAGGAAGUCAGGACCAGUCAGAAGGAAGAGCAGCUUCAAGGGCUGGAGGCUGAUAUCAUAGAGUUCCAAUUCACUCCUUCCUGUGUGAAAAGUGAAUGUGAUCAGGAGGACCCACUUUGGUCCUUGACUCUUCCCCAAACCCAGACUGUGGAAAACAAAGAGUGUGACUUUAUACCAGUGGAUCUCAAACCUUUUGGCACUGUGACUCACCUAAAGAGUCUUGCCAUUCCCCGUUACCCUCCAGAUAAUGAUAACAAUGCCUCCAGCCACAGCUCAGCCAUAAGCAGAGACCCAGUAGCACUUGACUGCAGCCCACAAUUGGAUCCCCACCCACCACUAGAGAAACUUUCUUCCAAACCCAGCAUGACGUCUAGAAAAACUCACCGCUGCUAUGACUGUGGUGAAAUGUUUGCUCCAAAAGCUGACCUGCUGAGUCAUGUAACUCUAACCAAGAAGAGACCCAGGGAAUGCAGCUUCUGCAAAACCUGUACACUGAAGGCCCAUGUCCGACUCCGUCACAUGGAGAAACCCUGCACCUGCCCUGAUUGUGGCAAGUCAUUCAAAUACAAAGGAGAUCUGUCCAGGCACAUGAGGAUUCACACAGGAGAGAAAUAUUUUAGCUGUGGUGACUGUGGGAAAAGUUUCAGUCUCAAGGGGAACCUAAUGAAGCAUAAACUGACUCACACAGGAGCAAAACCAUUUAGCUGUGGUGACUGUGGGAAGAGCUUCAAUCGGAAGGAGAACCUAACCAUGCAUAUACGUACUCACACAGGAGAGAAGCCAUUUAGCUGUGUCGACUGUGGGAAAAGCUUCAGUCUCAAGGGGAACCUAAUGAAGCAUAAACUGACUCACACAGGAGCAAAGCCAUUUAGCUGUGGUGACUGUGGGAAGAGCUUCUCUGUCAAGGGGAACCUAACCACACACAAGCUGACUCACACAGGGGAAAAACCAUUUACCUGUGGUGACUGUGGGAAGAGCUUCAAUCGCAAGAAAACCCUAACCAUGCAUACGUAUUCACACAGGAGAGAAAUCAUUUAACUGUAGUGGCUGGGAAAAGCUUCAGCGUCAAGAGGAACCAAAUUGUGCACAAACGGACUCACACAGGGGAGAAAUCAUUUAGCUGUGGUGACUGUGAGAAAAGCUUCAGUCGGAAAGGGGACCGAGAGGGGCUCAUACUGACUCAAACAAGAAAUAAACACUUUUAAUGUGGUGACUGCAGGAAAGAUUUAGUGUCAAGGGGAAUCUAACCACUCAUGAACUGACAAAGGAGUGAAACAACAUGGCUAUUCAGUCUGGUAAAAUAUUCACUCAUAAAGGCUUAUCUGCUGAAGCACGUCCACAAAGAAAGAAAAUAUGAAGAAAACUGAAAGAAAAAUGUAAUUAGGACAUAGAAAUCUGUCAGUAGAUAGCAAUAAAAAGGCAGGAUGUGGACAACACUUUUAGGAAAAGCAAAGCAACUCUGGAUCAUUAAUGCUGUGGGUUUCAGAUAAAUACAGUGCCUUGCGAAAGUAUUCGGCCCCCUUGAACUUUGCGACCUUUUGCCACAUUUCAGGCUUCAAACAUAAAGAUAUAAAACUGUAUUUUUUUGUGAAGGAUCAACAACAAGUGGGACACAAUCAUGAAGUGGAACGACAUUUAUUGGAUAUUUCAAACUUUUUUAACAAAUCAAAAACUGAAAAAUUGGGCGUGCAAAAUUAUUCAGCCCCUUUACUUUCAGUGCAGCAAACUCUCUCCAGAAGUUCAGUGGGGAUCUCUGAAUGAUCCAAUGUUGACCUAAAUGACUAAUGAUGAUAAAUACAAUCCACCUGUGUGUAAUCAAGUCUCCGUAUAAAUGCACCUGCAUUGUGAUAGUCUCAGAGGUCCGUUAAAAGCGCAGAGAGCAUCAUGAAGAACAAGGAACACACCAGGCAGGUCCAAGAUACUGUUGUGAAGAAGUUUAAAGCUGGAUUUGGAUACAAAAAGAUUUCCCAAGCUUUAAACAUCCCAAGGAGCACUGUG